AGGUUGUCGUCUGGACAAAGAAAGACUAAAUUUUACAAAAGAAGAGAGACACAGAAAAGGCAAGCCAUGGCUUUCCGUGGAAUGCUUUUGCAACAAAAAUUUCUUCUUGGGGCCUUCAUUUUAGCAGCAGUAGCAGCAUCUCAACCCGAUCCAAACUGCGACCAGAGAUGCGGAAAUCUUAGCAUCCCUUACCCAUUUGGAAUAAGUGAGGGCUGUUACCUUGAUCCAUCUUUUCUCAUCACUUGUGACUACUCGUCCAGGAUUCCAACACCAUUUCUGCGCAAAGGUAAUAUUACUGUCCUCAACAUAUCACUGGAUGGUGAACUGCGAGUCUUAUCCUUUGUAGCCCGUGACUGCUACAACAAGCCAGGGCUUAGUGUAAACCGUACAAAUUCCCAAUUCACAUUGUCGAAGUUUACCGUCUCAUAUACGAGGAACAAGUUCACUGUUGUCGGUUGCGACACUUAUGGGUAUAUUUCAGGGGCAGUUCAAGCUACUUCAGGGGUACUAAAGAAUUACACGACUGGCUGUAUAUCACUCUGUGACAAAAUUGAGAGUGUGGAUAACGGGACUUGCUCUGGCAUUGGCUGUUGCCAAACUUCUAUCCCAGAAGGAGGAAUAGAUUUGACUGCUAAAGUUCGGAGCUUCGACAAUUACUCCGCAGUAUUUGGCUUCAAUCCUUGUGGUUUUGGAUUUGUAGUGGAAGAAGACGCAUACAAAUUUUCCCCCUUAGAUCUUACAAAUUUACAGGAGAGAGUGACCGUUCCCGUUGUGCUUGAUUGGGCAGUCGGAAAUGAGACUUGCGAAGAUGCUAAGGGAAAUAUGACAGGCUAUGCAUGUAAGGCGGAGUAUAGUGAAUGUUACAACUCCACCAACGGUCCUGGGUAUCGUUGCAAUUGCUCCACUGGUUUUCAGGGGAACCCAUACCUCCCUCAUGGUUGCACAGAUAUUGAUGAGUGCAAAACUCACCCAGAGAGCUGCGAUAAUAAAACUCAAAAAUGCAACAACUUUCCUGGGGGUUUCAAUUGUUCUUGUCUAAAAGGGUACGAAGACGAUGGGAGCGGAACAAAAAGUUGCCGUGCUAAAGUGAACCAAUCUAAGGUUAUCAGUAUUGCUUUGGGUAUCAGCAUAGGCCUCUUAGCACUGGUUGUGGGAGGUUCUUGGAUUUAUUGGGCAUUGAAAAGAAGAAAGCUUCUCAAGCUCAAAGAGAAAUUUUUCAAACAAAAUGGUGGAUUAAUGUUACAGCAACGACUCUUGAGUCACAGGGGUUCUGUGGAGACAGAUAAAAUCUUUAGCGCAGACGAGCUUGAAAAGGCCACCAACAACUAUGACAAGAAUAGAGUUCUUGGCCAAGGAGGUUAUGGAACUGUUUACAAAGGAGUGUUGCCAGAUAACAAGGUGGUUGCUAUUAAAAAGUCCAAAGUCAGUGAUCAGAGCCAGAUUGAGCAAUUCAUAAACGAGGUGAUUGUGCUUACCCAAAUUAAUCAUAGAAAUGUGGUUAAGCUAUUAGGUUGUUGUCUAGAAACAGAAGUGCCCUUACUAGUUUAUGAAUUCAUCACAAACGGGACUCUUUCUGACCACAUUCAUAAUAAAAGCUUAUCAUCCUCACUCUCAUGGGAAAAGCGUCUGAAGAUAGUAGCAGAAACUGCAGGAGCACUUGCAUACUUGCAUUCUUCGACUUCUAUGCCAAUUAUACACAGAGAUGUGAAAACUACAAAUAUACUUUUAGAUGAUAAUUACACGGCAAAAGUAUCUGACUUUGGAGCUUCAAGGUUGGUACCUCUUGAUCAAACACAAUUAACCACUUUGGUGCAAGGAACUUUCGGGUACUUGGAUCCCGAAUACUUCCAUACCAAUCAACUAACAGAAAAAAGUGACGUUUAUAGCUUUGGUGUUGUUGUGGCAGAGCUAUUAACGGGAAAAGAGGCACUCUCUUUUAAUAGGCCUGAAAGUGAUAGAAAUCUCGCAUUGUUCUUUGUUUCUGCAAUAAAAGAGGACCGCUUACUUCAAAUUCUUGAGGAUCACAUUGUGAAUGAGGGUAGUAUUGAAGAACUAAAGGAAGUUGCUAAUCUUGCAAAAAGGUGCUUAAGGGUAAGAGGGGAAGAUAGACCUUCUAUGAAAGAAGUGGCAAUAGAGUUGGAGGGAUUGACAAUUAUGGGGAAACAUCCAUGGGGAAAGGUUGAUCACUACAUGGAAGAGACUGAGCAUUUGCUCAAUGCCCCUACACAGUACUCUUUCAACAUUGAUGAUGGCAUUGGUUCUUCUUCUACUACCGAGUACGAUAGCAUGAGGAACGAUGUACCGAAACGAGUAAAUGAUGGCAGAUAAUUUAUAAGCCCAAGGUGAUGUGUAAUGGCAAGAGUUAAUUGUGUCACGUAAUUAUUUAAGUUCUAUAAUUAGUUUUAAUUUUCAAGAGUCAAAGGUAUUUUUCUAAUUCAAUAAAUGGGUGCUGCCUAAGGUAAAAGGGGGGAUGCAUGCCCUAGAGUCUAGUCGUUGUGAGUCUAUUUAAGGCUUUAAGCAUGUUUUGUACUCUAAUAUAGACAAACAUGGAUUAAAUAAAAUUUUGAGAAAGUAAUUUUCCCUCA